AUGACCCAGCUUACUGUCUCUGUUAAAGGGCCGUGGAAUGACUGUCAUCAUGUGCUAAAGUCAGGAGAGAAGACUAGUGGCUUCCACCUGCUGCAACCACACAAUACUAACUGUCUACUGCAGGCCUGGUGUGACCAGAGCAGAGCUCAGGGUGGCUGGAUCGUUAUCCAGAGGAGACAGGAUGGCUCUGUCAACUUCUUUAGGACCUGGGAUCAGUACAAGCAAGGCUUUGGGAAUCUGGAUGGAAAAUACUGGCUGGGUUUGGAUCACCUGUACUGGCUCACCUCUCAGGACACAUACAAGCUGCGAGUAGCCAUUGAAGACUGGCAAGGACGACAGGUGUUUGCGGAGUACGACAGCUUUCAGGUGGAACCAGACAGUGACUGGUACCGACUACGGUUAGGCAGUUAUCAAGGCAACGCAGGAGACUCCCUCUCAUGGCACAACAAUAAAGCAUUCACCACUCUGGAUCGCGAUAAGGAUGCUUACUCAGGUAACUGUGCUCAUUACCAGAAGGGCGGCUGGUGGUACCACAUGUGUGCCCACUCCAACUUGAAUGGGGUGUGGUAUAGAGGAGGCCAUUACAGAAGUCGAUACCAGGAUGGUGUUUACUGGGCAGAGUUCAAAGUGGCCAUGAUGAUCAAACCUGCUUAACAUGAAUAGAAACAAAUCAGCAGAGCACCCAGAGAAUUGAGAGUACGUAGAAUAAGUGCCACUUUUUCUUCACAAAGAUGUGAC